AUGCAUAGUGGUACUUCAUCCGUUAAUAGGAAAAAUAACCUCCUUCCAUCUUUUCUACUCGUGUUUUUCAUAUAUAUUCCUUUUCUGUUCAUUUGCACCACAAGAGUAAUCCAUGCAACACCAAUUCGUUAUAACAAAAGAUUAACACCUGAUCAGAUAGAGGCCCAGGCUUUGUUAGAUUCAGAAAAUGAAUUAGAUAUAGAGGAUGUAGGUGUUCCUAAAAAUGAUGGGCCUGAUAAUAGUGGAUUAAAGACCCUGAAUUCGGAGGAUGACUUUGUAAAUAAGAAUAAUGAUGCUGUCACCAAUGAAGCUCUAGAUGACCUUUACAUUCAUUUGGAAGGACGCUCUGAUUGUUUCCAAGUUAUAUUGUUAAGUAAGCCAAAAACACAACAAGAUACAGAUGAGUAUGCUUUGAGUGAAGAAAAACUAGCAUUGAUUAAUAAAUUAGCUGAUAAGUUAUACUACAGUAGAAUACUUCUACCCGCACAGGUCGAAGCUAGUAAUUCUAAACAGGGUCUACUAGAUUAUCUGUUUGAUUUUGAAAAAAGCUAUAAUGAGGAAGAAACACAAUCUGAAGAAGAUUUGAUGAGGCAGGCGCAAUUAGAUAGAGAUUUGGAGGAAAAUGAUGGUAUUGAUAGAGACAUGUUAUUAAGAGUAGAUGUACAAGAUAGUAGCAAUAGUAACACGGCUACUACAACUAAUUUUAAUAUCGCUCGCUCUUCUUAUAUUACUUCGAGCGGCAUGUGGGUAUUGUUUCCGGAUUUUGAAUCAGCUAAUGUUAAAAGUGGUUCAAAUGAAAACGUUGCUUACUAUGUUAAAGGGUUGAGAAAUGGGAAAUUAUCUCUAACUCUGGAUGUUCAAGAAGCUACUAGGGGAUUUAAUAUCAAAAAUGGGUGUAUUCAAUAUUUAGGUACUGGUAAUUUGGUUGUUCUCUAUGAAAAUGAUGUUGAUGAAUAUUAUAUUGUUUCGAGCACUAUAAAUGUUCAUAGAAAUGAUAAUAGGUUCACUGUAAUUGAUGAAGUUUGUUUAACCGCAUUUGAUUAUGUGAAUUAUGAAUUCAUAUUAGAUUCUUGA